UUCAGUCAUUCAUUCACAUUCAUUUCCUCUUGAAACGAAAAAUUACCAUGUCAUUAAUGAAUCGUUACAUUCCACUGGCAAUUGCUGUUGGUGUCGGUGUCUUUUCUGGCUACUAUAUCUGGGAGCCCUCGCUGAAGAAGUAUCAGAAAGAAAGCAAAGGCACUUGGAACUAUGAUGUUGUAAAGCAGACGAGAGCGGAGGAAAUGAAUCAGCAUGCAGAUCAGCUUGCCGGGACUUCAGGAGCGUCAAAACCUGCAGAUGCACCAUCAUCAUCAUCUUCAUCAUCGUCGCCGGAGAGUCCUAUCGUUGCUGCCACCGCUGCUGCUGCCGCGCCUGCAACAGGACCCACUGUGUCAGUCAAGGAGAUCAAAGACGCUGUUUCUUCCAAAUAAGCAAAAAAAAAAAAUGUCGAGCUUGAUCUCACUUAUUCAGCUUUCUUUUUUUUUUAUAAAACAAAAAGUUACUCGAUAGAAGA